AUGAAAGUUAAAGAUGUAUCAAUUUGUCACUGUUUAAUGUUGGAAAUUAUUGAAAUUAUGAUGAAUAUUUUAUCAAGUAAAUUCGGUGUUCGUUACGGUUCAUCAUUAAGAAGACAAACCAAAAAAUUAGAAAUUCAACAACAUGCUCGUUAUGAUUGUUCUUUCUGUGGUAAAAAAACUGUUAAAAGAGAAGCUACUGGUAUCUGGAACUGUCACAGUUGUAGAAAAACCGUUGCUGGUGGUGCUUACACUGUUUCAACCGCUGCUGCUGCUACUGUUAGAUCAACCAUUCGUCGUUUAAGAGAAUUGGCUGAAGCUUAA